AGGCAUGACGCUAUUAUUUUUUUAUACGAUAAUAUUCAUGUUCGACCGCUUCAUCGAGGCUUCGCACAACAACACUGCAGGCUGUGUGAUCAUCCGUCCACCCAGAGAUGGAGGGAUAAGAUACAGAGGGCUAACCCAGGAACAGAUCCGCAGCGUGCAGGUCUUACCCGUGGACUAUGAGAUCGAAUACAUCUGCCGAGGGAACAGGGUCAUCGUGGGGCCGAAGGUCAGGAAAUGCCUUCCUGACGGCACCUGGACCGAUCUGAACCAGCGCAGCAAGUGCUUGCUGCCAUGCGCACAGGUGUGGACGUCUCUGGAGAACGGUCGUGUAAUGGUGCUUCCUCCUGGACCAGCAGUGGAGGGCACCGUGCUGAGAUACAGCUGCCUGAGCGGCUUCAUCCUCGAGGGCAGGAACACGACGCAGUGCACCAAACUGGGCACAUGGGAUUCGCCCAAACCCACCUGCCGCUACAACAGACACCACACAGGAAAGAAGAAGCUCUACAUCGGCGCCUUGUUCCCCAUGAGCGGAGGAUGGCCCGGGGGUCAAGCGUGCCUACCUUCGGCUCAGAUGGCGUUGGACCUGGUGAACAAGCGGACCGACAUCCUGCCGGACUACGAGCUCGAGCUGAUCUACUACGAUAGCAGGUGCGACCCUGGGGAAGCCACUAAACUGCUGUACGACCUGCUCUACACGGAGCCUAUAAAAAUCGUCCUGAUGCCCGGCUGUAGCUCGGUGUCCACGCUGGUAGCUGAGGCGGCGCGCAUGUGGAACCUCAUCGUGCUCUCGUACGGCUCCAGCUCUCCGGCUCUGUCCAACCGCCAGCGCUUCCCCACCUUCUUCCGCACGCACCCGUCCGCCACGCUGCACAACCCCACGCGCGUGCAGCUCUUCCAGAAGUGGAAGUGGACCAAGAUCGCCACCAUCCAGCAGACCACUGAGGUCUUCACCUCCACGCUGGACGAUCUGGAGCAGAGAGUGAAGGAAGCCGGAAUCGAGAUCAGCGUGAGGCAGAGUUUCCUCACCGACCCUGCUGUGGCUGUCAAGAACCUUAAGCGGCAGGACGCUCGCAUCAUCGUGGGUCUGUUUUAUGAGACCGAGGCCCGGAAAGUCUUCUGCGAGGUCUAUAAGGAGAAGCUGUACGGGAAGAAGUACGUCUGGUUCCUGAUCGGCUGGUACGCCGACAACUGGUUCAAGAUAAAAGACCCGUCAAUCAACUGCACUGUGGAGCAGAUGACGGAGGCGGUGGAGGGCCACGUUACCACGGAGAUAGUCAUGCUCAACCCAGAGACGGUUCGAGGAGCCUCCAAUCUGACCUCGCAGGAAUUCCUGACGCAGCUGAUGUCUAAGCUGGGAGGAAAGAACCCAGAAGAAACUGGAGGAUUCCAGGAGGCGCCGCUCGCCUACGACGCCGUGUGGGCCCUCGCUCUGGCGCUUAAUAAGACGGUCGGGCCAUUAAGGGCCAGAGGGCGCAGGCUGGAGGACUUCAACUACAACAACAAGGACAUUACUGCUGAGAUUUAUCGUGCCCUGAACACCAGCUCAUUCGAAGGAGUGUCUGGUCACGUCGUGUUUGACGCACAGGGCUCGAGAAUGGCCUGGACUCUCAUCGAGCAGCUUCAAGGAGGGAGCUAUAAGAAGAUCGGAUAUUACGAUAUGACCAAAGGCAAUCUCUCCUGGUACGGGAACGACAAGUGGAUAGGCCCCGGUCCUCCGGCGGAUCAGACGGUGGUGAUCCGGAAGUUCAGAUUCCUGUCUCAGAAGCUCUUCGUGUCCGUCUCGGUGUUUGCCGGACUGGGCAUCUUGCUGGGCAUCGUGUGCCUCACGUUCAACAUUUACAACAGCAGCGUCAGGUACAUUCAGAACUCGCAGCCGUACCUGAACAACAUGACGGCUGUGGGCUGUAUGAUGGCUCUGGCUGCCGUGUUUCCGCUGGGCAUCGACGGGCUUCACGUCCGCCGCUCUCAAUUUCCUGUAGUGUGCCAGUUCCGCUUGUGGCUGCUCGGGCUCGGUUUCAGUCUGGCGUACGGAAGCAUGUUUACAAAGAUCUGGUGGGUGCACACAGUUUUCACCAAGAAGGAUGAGAAGAAAGACAAGCGAAAGCAUCUGGAGCCCUGGAAGCUCUACGCUACGGUUGGUGUGCUCCUGGUUAUUGACGUCCUGUCCCUCAUGAUCUGGCAGAUUGUGGAUCCGCUGCACAUCACAGAGGAGAAGUUUACGAGAGAGGCGCCUAAAGAAGACCUGGAUGUGUUGAUCGAGCCUCUGCUGGAGCACUGCAGCUCUGAGAAGAUGAACACAUGGCUGGGGGUGGUUUACGGCUACAAGGGCUUGUUGCUGCUCCUUGGCAUCUUCCUCGCCUACGAAACCAAAUCCAUCUCUACAGAGAAGAUAAAUGACCACCGAGCUGUGGGGAUGGCCAUCUAUAACGUCUCUGUUUUAUGCAUGAUUACAGCUCCUGUCACCAUGAUCCUGUCCUCGAAGCAGGACGCUUCUUUCGCCUUUGCCUCUCUGGCCAUCGUGUUCUCCGUCUACAUCACCCUGGUUGUGCUGUUUGUCCCUAAGAUGCGAAGGUUAAUCACACGUGGUGAGUGGCAGUCGGAUCAGCAGGAGACCAUGAAGACGGGUUCGUCCACUAAUAACAACGACGAAGAGAAAUCUCGACAGCUGGAGCAAGAGAACAAAGAGCUGCAGAAGAUCAUCCAAGAGAAGGAAGAGCGUGUGUCCGAACUGAGGAACCAGCUCUCAGAACGACAAGCCUUGCGCUCCCGGAGACAUACGUCGUCCACCAACCUGAAUCACAGCACCCCUCCUCUUCCGAUCUCUCACACCGACUCCAAGUCUCUCCUCCCCCCGCCCGGGUACCCUCUUCCCACCUCGGACAAUCACUCCAUCCCUUCGACCUUCUCUAACUCCACCAGCGUUUACCAGCCAGACGGCAAGAUCAGCCGCAACAACUGCCAUCCCAGCCGCCUCCAGCUCCUCUACAAGUGAGGCAACAAAGAUCAAGGAACGAGGCACGAAGAAGAUCUGAACUUAAAAGACAGAAGGGGCACAACUCUUUUCAUCAUCUAGAUGUUUUCUUGUCUUAUCCCCAGGUGUUCGUUCGCUCAUUUUGUAACAAGUAGAUGAAGGAACAUGCAGCUGGACCUCAUCAUCGUGUCAUAUCAAAGUCACUGCUGCAUACAUGCAGUCGUGCGGGAAUAUUCCUUCUCUGAGAAAGACUACCUCUGGGUGACUUCCAGAAGAUGUCUAGGCUUCCUCAGAGAGCAGAUCUUGGAUCUCAAAUAUGAGUGGGUUUUAAAUUACCGUCUUCAUAGCUGAGCUACCAGAUCACUUAGCAUAUCUCUGCAUCUUUCAACGAAGCAGCAAGUGCUGGAAAGGUUUUUGUUUUUUUGUUUUUUUUUGUUGUUUUUUUUUUACCUAGAAGAUUUAAGAGAUAGGUCUGAAUUGCUGUGGAAUCUUUCUGUAUAAUAAUAAAUAUACUAUCAUACCAUCUUAAACCACACGUUUUUUCUGUUCCCCCACAGAACGUGCUAGAAGGGAAAUCCGUCAAUUCUGCAACGGUGUCUUUUUUUCCAACAAUGUUAUUGCUAAUCCCCUGAGGCGUGCAGCUUGUUGUGUUGCAUAAUUAACCCGGGAAAAGCAUUCACCAGCUCUUGGUUGCAUUGUUUAGCACAUUAUUGGGGGUUCUUUGAUUUCUAACUGUUUUUGAGUUGAGGAGGAGACGGUGGAGGUAUUCAAAGCUAACUUUGAGGUGGAUCAGUCGCUUAAGGAUGUUACAAUCAAACAUUUUCGGGCAGUUAAUGAUUUUACAGUGGGUGAGCAAGGUGGUGCUAGGAUUAUUGAAGCAACAUGUGAAAAGAAAACAAUAUUUUAUAUGCAAGCAUGUUUUGAUGGUUUUAAUCUGAAGAGAUGCUCAGAAAUGACGCGCAUUGGUUUUGGCUGCAGCCGCUCGGCCUCCCACAGUUUGGUGCAGUAAAUGUUACGGAGAUUGCAGAUGUUGCACCAUUGCGUGUUUAAAAGCCUAUUGUGGCAGAUUGCAAGUGUGUGAUUUGAUUAAUUUUGUUUUGUUUUUUUUAGCUUAUCUUUUAUUCUGCCCACAGAUGAAAGCUUUAGAUUGAAUCUACAGUAUACGCUGCUAUAAUCCAGUUAGCAUCUGAAAAUCUGCAUAGAAUCGUAUUCUUCGUGUCAAGCAGUCCAGCAGUGUGGAGGUUAUAAAGGUAUUAUACAGUAAAUACAGUAUAUAUAUAUAUAUAUAUAUA